ACUUGUACAUACACGUGAUCUAUUUUCACCUGUGCUGACGCUGCCAAUUUGUACUAUUUCACCUGAUAGUAUUUGCAAACGCACGUGUUUACGGAACACAGGCACAGACGCUAGAUCUAGACGGAACCAGGUAACGUAGCAGCAUGCCGGGAGUAAAACGAAAUGGUGACGGUUCAGUCGCAGUGGACAUCCCCCUUCCACCUGGGGGACUCAUGGAGAUCGUUUUCUCCUUCGAUGUGACCGGCUCCAUGAUGAGUUGUCUGGAGCAGGUUCGGAGCCAAAUCCAGGAUAUGGUUCAGCGACUCCAGGCAGAUAUCCCUGGCAUCCGCAUCGGCAUAUUCGCCCACGGCGACUUCUGCGACCGCAGGAACUACUUUGUUCAGCGGAUCGGCUUCGGCGCAUCAACCCCUGAGAUCUGCAAGUUCGUUAAAGACGUAGAGCCUAGUAGAGGUGGUGACUUCGCAGUGGCGUACGAGGUGGUCCUAAAACUCUGCCAGACACGUCUGUCCUGGACCCCCGGGAGUCAGCGUUCCCUGGUGAUGAUAGGGGACGCCAUCCCCCGUGCGCCCAAACAUUUUCGGAAUGAGGAGAACAUUGACUGGAGGACAGAGUGCAGGGCUUUGAGAGACAUGGGCGUCCGCAUCUAUGGCGUACAGGCCGGAUCAAACAAUUACUCAAGAAAGUUCUUCAAAGAAAUGACAAACAUCACACAUGGUCGCCACUUGCAACUGGAUCAGUUCUCGAAUAUCUGCGAUAUGAUCAUGGCUAUCUGCUACAGAGAGAGGGGAGCGGACUUCCUGGAGGCAUACGAGGACGAAGUUCGGGGCCGCCACGGAGGAGGGGCCAUCAGUAAGGAUCUGGAGGGACUGUUCGGGACGCUGAGGGAUGACUCGGACUCUUCUUCGUCGACACCCGUAAAGACAGGGACCAAGAAGGGUAUCCCGAAGGCCACAGCCCUGAAGAAACUGAAAGCAGUGGUGAAGGCUAAAGGUGCAGCUAAGAAGGUCAAGGGCGCCGGUAAAACCAAACCCAAAGCGAAACCGGCAAGGAAAAAGACUGGAGCAAAGAAAACCACCAAAACUAAGACGAAGGCCAAGAAAAGUAAGAAGUUCCUACGUGAAAAUGUAAACGACAAGAAUUUCAUCUUUGGUUCCAACGACGAUGGUUGUGAAGAUGCCUUGCUGAUCGACAUGGAAUGGACGGACUGGAAGCGCGCCAUCUACCCCGCGAAGACAAAGCUCCACUCGCCAUCUAGGUCAGCCCGCGGCACUAAACGAACAUUCAGAGGGGCUAAUGGAUAUGUGAGGUCCGACCUGUUCAAAUGGAACCACGACGUCCAGGCCAUCUACGAGCUAGGUGUUCGACCUCCUGGAGGCUAUCGGAAGCGUAUCUACGCGACGCUGUUUAAAUUUUCAAAGGGGUUUAAGAGCAAUCAGGCAUGGGAUUCAUUCCUGUUGAGGAACAAACGCGCGUUUGAGGCGGUGAGCAAUGUUAUCGCACGGGAGGGAUUGAUCUUUGUCAGGCGAGCUGUGUACCCUCCCGAUAAUGAUAUUUGGUUCCCAGAUACCAUCAAACGCAUCAAGGAAAUAUUUGACUAUGCGUGGAACAAGCCUUUGAAAGGAGGUGAAAACUUCCGAACCAUUGAAAAGGGUAGUUUUCUCAUCAGUGGCGUCCGAAAGGCUCGGAACACUCCCAAGAAGAAAACAGCCACCACCUCUAAGGGUAAGAGCUCAUCUAAAAAGACAAAGGCAGCUGCUGUGAAGAAAUCAAAGCCCAAAACCAUAACCACUAAAAAGACAGCUAAAAAAACUAAACCAACCAAAAAGACAAAAGGCAAAGGGAAGGCAGCUAAAUAGACAGGGACUUAUCUUCAACAGUGUUUAACUGCCAUUAUAUUUUAAUACUGACAUUGGAACUAUCAUCAUGGAACUAUCAUCAACAUCUUCUCCAGCAUACUGGAUGCUUACAGAGGAAUACUGGACCAAGAGGACGAGUACUAAAUGCAUCUUCACUUUACAUUAAUAUCUCAUGACUAGUAUACAUUGAAACAUUAUACACCAUUUAAAUAACACCUAAUAACGAUGGCUGGAGUUUUUUCCGAUUUUAUAGAAUACCGCACUGUUUAUUUAGCAAUAUAUGAAUGCAUUUGAUAAAGAUUAUUGCACUUUUUUAAAAGAUGGUUUUGAUAGAGAUGCUUAUGUUCUGAAAGGGAUGUUGAUAAUCCCUGAAAACACCUCGACACUAAUGAACUGGGCAGUUUUUGGUGGGCGGAUUCACAUCAAGAAAUUAAAGUGCUUUAGUGAAUAGAUUGAUGGCAUGUUAAGAUGAAUGAGUGCAUUUUGUUGAAUGCUUUGUUUACCAAGAUACCAUUUCUCGCUAAUUUUCAUAAUAAUUCAUGAGUAUCAAGUAUCAUAUUCAUUAAUAAUUACAAUCAGAAAACGUGGGAUGAUAAAUGGAUUCUCAUGAUCGGGUCUUGUAAGAUGAAAUAUGUCAGGAUUUGGUGAAAGUCAAAAUUUCUUCCGCAAGAGUAGUGGUAUUUGUUUUAUUGAUCAUAUGUCAAAUGUUUUAUCUUGGAAAUCACUCGGAUGAGAGUCUGUAUUUUAUUUAAUAUGUUUGCCGGCCGUU